CACCUCACUCUGAAACAUGGCGGCGUGAGGAGUGUGUUAAGGCCUCGCUGCUGACGUAUUUCGGUGCCCAGGAGCGUGUCUGGCGUAGCUGGACGUGACAAAUAGACGUCGAGAGUGAAAAGGAACAUUCACCGACCAUAUUUCAGCGCGUGCCCGAGGCCUCGCUGGUGACAGUGUCGGCGCACACCAGCGUGUCUGGCGCGGCCUGGCGUGAUACCUGGCGUCGAGACUCGAGAGUGACAGGAGAAGUGCACGGACCGUGUUGCAGUGAGUUAACUGUUUGUUUUGCUCUUCAUGGGACUGUCCCAUCUGAUGUUCAGUCAUGGGGCCCAGAACAUAUAUGAGGAUUGUGUUCAACACACACAAAAGUCAAGCAUCUGAGUGCGGCAGAUCUGGAAGAAAUAUCCAGGUUCAGGUUAUUUCAUGUCAUAAGGUGUGUCGCAAAACAACAUCAGUCAAAAAUGCUGUGAAAAGACUCGCCAGAGUGAAGCAGAAGUGUGAGAUUUAUAAAAGGAGAUCAUUCUUGCCUUUGGACACCCAAAAAUCUUGGGUUAGUGAUGGUACAAGGCCAGAUGAAGAACUUGCUGUCAACACUUAUAAUGAUUUGAAAUUUUCUACCACAGUUGAGAUCCUGACUGUCUCAACUGGCUCAGAGGCAGUUAAGAGGAACAGAGCAAAAAUAAUAAAUUCUCUAGUAGAUUCCCCUGUCAACACCACACAGGCCUCUUCUACCAACAAUCAUGUUGGUUCUUCUGCUUCCUCAAAACAAACAGAGGGAACUAAAACAGCCUGCAGUGAUACCUCACCUCUAGUUAUCACCCCAAAUUUAUAUCCCUCCAUCAUAUCCAAAGAAAAACAAAAUCCUAAAGAACAGAAAAUGCCAUCCUUGAGAUCUGGUGUCAAAAGGGGUGGAGAUGUUACUCAAACAGAAAUGAUGAUAGAAACAAGACGACAAAAUCCAAGGAAGCUUAAAAGUAUUGGCAAGAUUGUGCCUGGGAAGAGUGUUGGCAACAAUGUGUCUGGGAAGAAUGUUAGCAAGAAUGUGUCUGGGAAGAGUGUUGGCAAUAAUGUGUCUGGGAAGAAUGUUAGCAAGAAUGUGUCUGGGAAAAGUGUUGGCAACAAUGUGUCUGGGAAGAAUAUUAGCAAGAAUGUGUCUGAGAAAUGUGUUGGCAAGAAUGUGUCUGGGAAGAGUGCUGUCAUGGAUAUGUCAGGGAAGAAAUGUACAGGAAAUUUAAAGACACCAGCAUGUUCCAAGAAGAGAGGCACUAAGAGGAAGGCAUGUGGGGAAGACUCACUGCUGCAACAGAUGUUUAAGUGUUUCACCAUAUUAAAAGAUUCUCCCAAAGACUCCCACAGACACAUUUCUCAGCUCCUUGGUCAGGAGAUUGAGAAGCAAAAGGAAGGCGACAUGUCUUCUCCGCCCUUAAAGAAACAUUCUGGACAGCCCUGUAAUUCUACAUCUAGAAAUGAUGACUUAACAGAGCUGAAGGUUGAUGACCACAGAAGUGAAAUUCUAAUGGAAGAGAGCAAUACUGAGAGUCAUGUGUUAGGUACCAACUUUUUUGUGGAACAAGCAGCAGCAGGAGAAAAUCAGGACAUAAGUAUUUCACUGUUUCCUACCACUGUACUGAGCCCAAACAUAAACAUAAGAAUGGAUAAUAUUACUGAAAAAGAAUGUGUUGGAAGAUUUUUGGAAAACGAUGAAUCCUUACUUCCAGUACCUCUCACCCCACACCACACCCAGCAAGAUUCACAGUCUUUUGCCUCAAUUAUGCAUGCCUCAGCAAAACAACUUGAGUUACCUUGCUCACAAAGCAAACUUGAAAUUUCUUCCCCACAAAACCUUCAGCCUGUUGUAGACCGCACACAGGCAGAACUGCUGUCUUGUUCCCCUCACCAUUUACAAUCAAAUUCUCAUUCCUCUCCUCACCCCAAGCAGAUGAAAUUGGAUUCCUCUUUCUCCACAGAUGAAGAUACAAAUCUUCAUUCUUCAGUACCACACAAAAUAAAUAUGGAACCUCAUAUUUCUGAGCCACAGCAUGCACUGUCUGAGUCUCAUAUCUCUGACCCACACCUCAAAGAUGGAGAGCCUUGCACUUCUCUUUUAUACCACACACGGUCAGAGCCUUAUUCCCAGGAUGCACGUCAAAUGGAGACUGGUCUUCAUUCCUAUGUCCCACACCACACCUCACCAGAACCUUACUCCAGUAGCCAGCAUCUUGCACAGAAAGAGCCCCAUUCUUACUCCCUGCACCACAUCCCAAAAGAUUUUCAUUCCUUAACUUCACACCAUACAAACAUGAUGUCCUAUUCCUCUGUCCCUCAUCAUACUCACACAGAAGAUCAUUCAUCUGUACAUCAUACCAAUGAAACAGAACCUCAGUCAUCUGUCUCCCAAGCCACCCAACAAGAAUCUCACAGUUCACACAUGCACACACAAUCUUAUUGCUUACCUAUGCCAAAAGAACCUCAUGACUUGCAAAUGCAGACAGAACCACACAACCCACUCUCAUCAAAAGAAUCUCAUGCAAGUCUCAUGCAAAUAGAAUCUCACGCCUCAUGUUGCAAAACAACAUCUCACUCUUUGCAUCUGCAAACAGAACCUAUUUCAGCCAUCUUAGCCUGUGCAUCAGGCAAGAAGGGGAAACAUGGCACUGAAGAGCCCAAUAUGCCUGCACACAGUUACAAUUUAAGGUCCAAAGAGACCAGAAGUCUUAGAAGAAAGAGCCUGUCAACCAGCAAAGCCAAGAGUACAUACUCAGUCCUUAGCACACAUUGCAAAAGUGACUUGGUUGUUUGUCUUAGAAGAGUGGAUCAAGAGUUCCCUAACCUGGAAAUGAAUGUCACAAAAGCCAGGUCUUUACGACAGCAGCCCAGAAGUACUGCUGAUGCCAGUAUGUCUCUUCCCGUCUACAUAGAUAGAUCACUGAUACAGUUGCCAUCUAAAAAUGUUAUGAAGUUUCAGGACAGGUUUGAUGACAGUGAAAAGAUUGAGGAUGUGGAUGAUGAACAUAAAGAAGACAAAGUUAAUGGCAGCAACAGAAAGGCAUGCAUUAAUGGUAGCCAAGAGUGGGUAGCACAGAAGGAAGACAGGAAAAUGUCUGCUGAAGAUACCCAGAGGGAACCAGGGGUUAUGAAUUAUCAGGCAGUGGGAGGUGCUCAGUGCAACCAUAAAGGAACAGGUACCAAGUCUAGUCCGGUAGUUGUGAGUGCUGAGAAUAUCCUUAAGGAUGAUAAUAAGUGUAGUGAAACAAGCAUUCAGAACUACCAGGCAAUAAUAGGGAACAACUUGAUGGAAACUGAUGUCAAGAACCAUCAGCUGGUAGCUGAUGUUGACAACAAUGCCAGAGAAACUAGUGUUGGGGAUUAUCAGACAGUCGUGGGUGUUACUGAAAGUGUGGAAGGAAAGAGUGCUGAGGACUUUCAGAGGAUGGAUAAUAUUGAUGACAAUACUGAAAAGAGAUGCAUCAAGGGCUACCAGAUUAUUGAUGGUGAUAAAAGUAUUGAACAAACAGAUUCUGAAGACUGUCAGAUUGAAGAUGCCCAAAAGAUAGUGGGUGCUGUCAACACUGUUGAAGAAACAGAUACAGGGGACUGCCAGAAAAUGGUUGAUACUGACAACAGUAUUGAAGAAACAGAUAGUGAAGAUGCCCAGAAGAUGGCUGAUGCUGACAGCAGUAUUGAAGAAGGUAAAGGUAAGGACUGUCAGAAGAUGGUUGGAGCUGAGGACAGAAUUGAAGAAGCAGUUACUAAGGACUGUCAGAAGAUGGUUGGAGCUGGUGACAGUAUUGAAGAAGCAGUUACUAAGGACUGUCAGAAGAUGGUUGGUGCGGAGGACAGAAUUGAAGAAGCAGUUACUAAGGACUGUCAGAAGAUGGUUGGUGCGGAGGACAGAAUUGAAGAAGCAGUUACUAAGGACUGUCAGAAGAUGGUUGGUGCGGAGGACAGAAUUGAAGAAGCAGUUACUAAGGACUGUCAGAAGAUGGUUGGUGCGGAGGACAGAAUUGAAGAACCAGUUACUAAGGACUGUCAGAAGAUGGUUGGUGCAGAGGACAGAAUUGAAGAAGCAGUUACUAAGGACUGUCAGAAGAUGGUUGGUGCGGAGGACAGCAUUGAAGAAGCAGUUACUAAGGACUGUCAGAAGAUGGUUGGUGCGGAGGACAGAAUUGAAGAAGCAGUUACUAAGGACUGUCAGAAGAUGGUUGGGGCUGGUGACAGUAUUGAAGAGACAGAUGUUGAUAACUGCAAGGAAACGGUUGGGGCUGGUGACAGUAUUGAAGAGACAGAUGUUGAUAACUGCAAGGAAACGGUUGGGGCUGGUGACAGUAUUGAAGAGACAGAUGUUGAUAACUGCAAGGAAACGGUUGGGGCUGGUGACAGUAUUGAGGAGACAGAUGUUGAUAACUGCAAUGAAAUGGUUGGGGCUGGUGACAGUAUUGAGGAGACAGAUGUUGAUAACUGCAAUGAAAUGGUUGGGGCUGGUGACAGUAUUGAGGAGACAGAUGUUGAUAACUGCCAGGAGAUGGUUGGGGCUGGUGACAGUACUGAGGAGACAGAUGCUGAAGACUGUCACCAGAUGAUUGGUUCUGAUGACAAUAUUGAAGACACAGAUGCUAAAGAUUGCCAGGAGAUGGAUAGGGCCAACAAGUGUAAUAAUGAAAUCAAUGUGGAAACCUGUCAGAUGGCAGUUGGUGCUGAUGAUGUUAAAGAAAUUGGUACUGAAAGCUUUCAAACAGUGACAAGUUCUCAUGACAAGGAAACAUGCUUAGAAAAGAACUUAAGGGAAACCAAUGUUGAGAACUAUCAGCUGGUGGUUGGUACUAAAACCAGCAUUCAAGAAAGAGAGACUGAGCACUGUCAGAUGGUAAUGGGUGUUGAUAACAACGUAACAGGCACUUAUUCAAAUGUAAGUCGAGGGGGAACUGGUGGUGAGGCUUGCCAGUUGGUUGUAGGUGCUGAGAACACCCUAAAUGGUACAGAUGUUGAGGGUUGUCACAUGGCAGCAGGCACUGACAAGAGUGUUAGUAGUAAAUAUGUAAACAGCAGCCAUGAGAGAAUAAGUGAAGAAAGCUCUCAGAUGAUGAUAGGUGUUGAGAACACCCAGGGAAGAGCAGGUUUCGAGAGUUGUGACAUGAUGUUGGAUGGUGAUGGUAAUCUUGAGGAAACAUUUUCUGAGAAUUGUCAGACAUAUGAUGAUAAUACAUUCAGUUACCUAGUGUCAUCCUUAAAUGGUGUUAGCAACAAUAACUACUUUGAUAUCCAUAAUAUUGACAUGUCUUUAGAAGAAACAGACAUGUUUUUAAAUUUUGAAUCCAAGGAAAAAUCAGUUUUGUGUGAACCACCAAACAUAACCACUGGAUCUCCUGAACUAGUUAGCAACAUACCACCGGCUGGGGAAAAUCUGCAGGAAAGUUUUGUAGAACAAUCAGUGUCCAUUGCUAUUGAUGAUAAAAAUACAACAGAACAUGGCAGCGUUUUAUCAGGCCAUUGUAAAGCUGCUGCCCUAGAUCAUUCCAGCUGUCCUGAUUCAAACAUAGGAGAGGAAAACAUGGCUGCACAGUAUGUGUACCAAAUGCCUAAUGAAGCACAGAUUUUUGAAGCAUUGAAAAGCAGUUUUAAAAAUUCAGAAGAUUGUCAGUUGCAGGAAAACAUUCACGAUUUUGGUGCUGCACCAAAAGAAAACCUUGUGAAUAAGAAGCUAAAGGCAGAAAGAUGUGCUGGGGUGGAGGGUGGCUCAUGGAAAGAAGACCCUGGACCACCUGCUGCCUCUGACUCAUGGAAAGAAGACCCUGGACCACCUGCUGCCUCUGACUCCAGGAAAGAAGACCCUGGACCACCUGCUGCCUCUGACUCCAGGAAAGAAGACCCUGGACCACCUGAAAGAAGACCCUGGACCACCUGCUGCCUCUGA